ACUCAUAGUCACCAAUGCAUUGUGUGUCCUUAUUUUUGCAUAAUACUGGAUAUGAAUCUCCUCCACCACAUAGGAAUUGUUAGAGGGCGUCAUUUUUUAGUUAGCAAUAACCAAGUCUAGAUGAUGCAGGUAUAUAGUUCUGAUGUAUUUGACACGACUUUUUUCGACAAAUUAAGUGACUUUGAUUCAUUCAUCUUAUAUGACCUUCAAAAUUAUAGUCCAAAAUUUUAGAGUUGUAAGGCUACCACUGCAUAUAAUAUAAAUUAUUUUGUCGGCUAGCAACGAAUGAAGAAUGUAUCAAAUGAUUACCCAUUUGAAUGAGCAAAAUGGGCCAAUUCAAUUUCCGCAACACUAUAUUUAAAAAAUCCUAUCAAAAUUUAGGUCCUAACUUAUGUUAUCCUAUGAAAUUUUGUAACCAUACUUAUCAUCAUUCAUAAACAGAAAGAUACCUAUAUAAUUUAACAACUAACAUGAUUGAUAAUUAGUGCUUUUCAUUGUUUGAUGUGUGCCGUGCCACUAGGUGAACUUGUUGAUGAGAAAGCAUUAUGGGCUUGAGACGAAACCCAAAUCUGAGACUUGGUUGGGCUGAUAAUAUUCCAACUGCGGGCCCAAGGUUAGAGUGAAAGCCAGCUGGAAACUGCAGGCGGGCUUACGCCAUUGAUAUAAGCCUUGGUAAUUGCAAAAUCCUUCUUGCAAGUUGGCCCAUGCGUCAUCACCCCAUCUGCUGUGGGACCCACACCUUACAUCAUCACAUCAGCGUCCCAUUGUCAGCCAAUUGGGCCUCUCUCUUCUCUUCUCUUCUCUUCUCUUCAGUCAUUCACCUUCUGCAUCUGCAAUGUAAGUUGUAACCAACCCGCAACCUCCACACUGUCACCUCUGACCUCCCCUUCCCUUUUUAACCGCGGUAAAUAAAACUUGUUUGUAUAAAGGAACAGAGACCAGAGUGGCAGAGUAUAAUGUUUCUACUAUUUUUCCCCGGCGGUUAAAGUCGCGGCGAGACCUCCGAGAAGCCAGAACAGCCGCACGAGUAGCCUGGCUCCACAUGGGGUGGGUUCCUGCUCGCCACGUGUUGUCUCUCCAUCGGUAACCGAAAUCGCCUUCUCUUCGCUCUCGUACGUGCCGGGAGGUUGCUCGUGCGAAGGAUAGUGGGCGGGCGGGCCGACGUGGGAUCUGGGGAACCGAAACGUGGCGGGCAUGGAUACACGGCGCGGGAGUUUUAGGCCAUGGGGUGAGUUGGCACGACACGUGGCCGUCGCUAGGCAAUCUGUGGGCUAAGCCAGCCACUAGUAAUAUUUCCCUCUCCUUGCCCUCUUUUUUUCCUUGCUUCGGCAGUUCCCUCUCUCACCUCCUUCACAUCUCUCCCACAGUCCCACUCCUUUUAUUUUUUUUGUUGCUUUUUCGAAUUUCUGUAGCGAUGGAAAUGGGGAGAGUCGCCGAGUGGAGUUCGAACUCUGCCGCUGCGUCCUCUUCUACCGCCGCUUCUUCUUCCGCGUCUUCGUCUUCUUCUUUUUCCUCGGCGGCGGCGGCCGGGGUGGAUCGGAUGGUCCGGGUAGAGCUCGAGGCGGCGGAGGCGCUCGCGGAUUUGGCGCAUUUGGCGAUGCGCGAAGGCGGCGGUUCGCCGAGUAAAUGGGGGAGCAAAGGGAAGCGGGCCAAGAAGCGGGUCAAGAGCGAGUCUCCUCCUCCUCCAACUCAUCACUCUGCCUUGAACACUGUCCUUGACUCGGUCCAGGAUCUUCCUCCGGACCAACCAGCUGCUGAGGAUUUUCAGCAGCAGCAGCAGCCAGUGUGUGGAAGUGAAACUAUAGCCAUAAGUCCCGUUAAGCCUGAAAAGAGUGCUGAUCUACUUCAUAAACGUUGUGGAGCUCGGAGCUUCCCGCCGUUUGGUGGUGGUAGAUCGAGGCAAGUUUUGACCGAGGCUGAGAAGGAAGCAAGAAGACUGCGUAGAAUAUUGGCAAAUAGAGAGUCUGCUAGGCAGACAAUUCGCCGUCGACAGGCUCUGUGUGAAGAAUUAACUAGGAAAGCUGCCUGUCUAGCGGUGGAGAAUGAAAACCUGAAGAGGGAAAAGGAGUUAGCUCUGAAAGAGCAGGAGUCCCUGGAGACAACUAAUAGGCAGUUGAAGUCACAGAUGGCCAAGGCAAUAAAAGCCGUGGUAGUGGAAGAAGCAGGAGUAGAACUUAAACAAUCAUGGUUUCAAAUGCCUAACCAUCAUCCACCUGCAAACUGUCAGAUGCUAUUCUACAACCAACACGCAUUUGCACCAUUCUGUUGGCCUCCCAUUGUCCAAUCUCAAGAAGCUCAGGAAACCAGUUCAAAUACCAAUGCUAGAACCUCGCUCUACCUAAUGUCCUGCCCUUGGUUCCUGCCGGUGGCUGAUAAUUCCGCCAAUGCUCAGCAUCAUCCUCAGUCCUCCCACGACUUUAAACACUUCCACAAUGUAGUAGCUACGACGGUGGACGAUCAAUGCAGCGGUGGUACAUCUAUCCCUCAGAAGGUGGAAUCAGAAGCUGCAGAAGUGAUGGUGAUUGACGAUCUCAACGAGAUUCCGGUGGGAGAUAGAGGUGGGGAAUAUGAUGGGCAGCAGGACGAGGUUAUUUUUGCCCCUUCUGUUGCCCCUUCAUCAAUUGAUGGUGUUAAAAGUGAGAUCGAUUUGCAGUCUUGCAGUGGGGCAGGUGAUGGUGCUAAGCUAAAAGCUGGCCUGACUUGUGAUCACAAUGUCUUCAGUUUUUCAAGCAAGAAGCUGGUGGAUGCAGCUGCUGCAACUGUGGCGAGGAGGAGAAGAAAGGAGCUCACGAGGUUAAAGAACCUUCAUGGCCGACAAUGUCGAACCAACUGUUAAGAUAUCUCUGUCCUUUGAUCUCAGCUUAUGCAGUUCAGGGCUACUUUUGCUUGUUUGCUGAUUGCAUUAAAAUUUUGGUAGUCUUGUUGAACAGGCCGCUUGUAGGACUUUACCAAAUGUUUUGAGAGCCAAGAGAGGCUAGAAUGAUACUUAUAGAGAGAGAGAGGGUAGUUUUAUUUUCCUUCAACCAAAAGAGAGGUUUAGAGUUAGGCCUACAUUUAAAAUAGAGUGUGAUGCUGCCAUUUUGAUGAGCAAAAUUGGAAAGGCAGCUUUGAGCGAGAGGAUGGACAAUGUAUUCCUCCCUGUGCAAUAAACAACUAUUUUCCCU